UACACUUCCACGGGCAUUCUUAUAUAUGUGUAUAUAAACACACACGUUACCAUCGUACAUACAUAUACAUAUUCCACGUCUCCCACGUUGUAUGUAUAUAUGUCACAGUCUCCAGCUCCCUUAGCUUGUGUUGAGUAUUUCCUUUUUCAGCCUCUUUAAACACCAUUUCCGCGGCCGUCGUCCUUCUUCUACCUAGCUCCGGCCACCACUCGAUCAGUUUCUUGAACCCAAUUAAGAAAGGAAGUUUAGUUUGUGUGUUUAUAAAAAUGGCGUCUAAUAAUGGUCAACAAUUCCCACCCCAACAGCAGGAUUCUCAGCCUGGAAAAGAGCAUAUCAUGGAUCCCCGUCCUCAAUAUUCUUCCCAUGAAUAUAAGCCAUCCAACAAGCUUCAAGGGAAGAUAGCGUUGGUGACGGGAGGCGACUCGGGGAUCGGGCGGGCGGUGUGCCAGUGCUUCGCGUUGGAGGGCGCGACUGUGGCCUUCACUUACGUGAAACCGCAGGAGGAUAAAGACGCAGAAGAGACGGUGGGAAUUAUAAAGAAAGCCAAAAGUGGGGACGCCAAAGACCCGAUAGCGAUAGCUGCGGACUUGGGGUUCGACGAGAAUUGCAAGAAGGUGGUGGAUGAAGUGGUGAGAGCCUAUGGGCGGAUUGAUAUUCUGGUGAACAAUGCCGCGGAGCAAUACGAGGCAAGCUCCGUGGAGGAGAUCGAUGAAGACAGGCUUUUGAGGGUGCUCAGGACCAAUAUCUGCUCUUACUUUUUCCUCACCAGACAUGCGUUGAAGUAUAUGAAGGAAGGGAGCUCAAUAAUCAACACCACAUCAAUCAAUGCCUACAAAGGACACGCAAAGCUGCUGGACUACACGGCCACAAAAGGUGCGAUAGUGGCCUUCACCAGAGGGCUGGCAUUGCAGCUGGUGAAUAAAGGCAUACGCGUCAACGGCGUUGCUCCGGGGCCGAUAUGGACGCCGUUGAUCCCUGCUUCCUUCACCAAAGAAGAGUGUGCUAGUUUCGGUAAAGAUGUGCCGAUGCAGCGAGCCGCCCACCCCAUUGAAGUCGCUCCCUCCUACGUUUUCCUCGCGGCUUCCCCCGACUCCUCUUAUAUCUCCGGCCAAGUCCUCCACCCUAAUGGUGGGGCGAUAGUCAAUGGCUAAUUGAAUGGUGGGAAGUUUGGAAUGCAGUCUGUUUUCCAACGUUACAUGUCCACUUUUUUGUUGUUGAUAGUAUAUCUACAAUAUUAUUUCAGUUGGCUAGCUGUUUUGUGUAAUUCUCCGGCCGUAUACCGGAACAUAAGUGGUAUCUCGUGUGAGGUUUCCUGUGUAAUAUAUGUAAGCAUGUUGGUGCACUACUUCCUACCGUUUCUCUCCGUAAACAUAAAAAAAUAAACUUUGUAUA